UACAUUUUUAACAGCCUCCUCAGCUGAUUACCAUGUAAACCAAAGGUUGAAAAUCACUACAUUGAAGUUUCAAAAACACUUCCAUAUCUAUUUGUCUUUGGAUACCACAACCCAAGGAGAUAGUUAUUGGCAUCUUUUAUACACAGGAAGAAAUUGAGUUUAAGAACGGUUAAAGUGACUGCCUUUCAUUUGUGGUGUCAUGAAGGGAAACAACGUCACCCUUACAUAUUGUCUUCAAGUUACUGUACCCCAUAUUGUAUGAAUGUAUGACCAACUCAUAAUCACCUUUUAUUAUUUCACAACUCAUUGUGUCUUGCUUACCAUUUUCCUGUUAUAGAUUAAAUAAGCUGAAGAUAAUGGCACUAACUAAUGAAAGCCGCCCUGAAGAAUUUAUCCUAUUAGGCUUUGCUGACCGUCCAUGGCUGGAGCUUCCUCUCUUUGUCAUUCUUCUGAUAACAUACCCUAUGGCCGUGAUGGGAAACAUCACUAUCAUACUGGUGUCCAAAUUAGAUCCCCAUCUCCACAGCCCCAUGUAUUUCUUCCUCACCAACCUCUCCUUUUUGGACAUGUGUUAUACCACAAGCAUUGUCCCUCAGAUGUUAUUUAACCUGGGAAGCUCUAAAAAGACAAUCAGCUACUUGGGCUGUGCAGUUCAGCUUUAUUUCUUCCACAUGGUGGGCAGCACAGAAUGUCUGCUCUUGGCUCUCAUGUCCUUGGAUCGCUAUGUGGCCAUCUGCAAGCCUCUUCACUACACCCUCAUCAUGAAUCAGCGAAUCUGUGUCCUCCUAGUAUCCAUUGUGUGGCUGAGUGGAAUGACCUGUGCUGCCUCAGAAGCAACUGUUACAUUACAGUUGCCACUCUGUGGUCUCAACAAACUGGAUCACUUACUGUGUGAGAUUCCUGUUCUGAUAAAGAUUGCUUGUGGUGAAAAGAGUGCUAAUAGGCUCACACUCUUUGUGGUGUGCAUUUUUAUAUUAGCUCUUCCACUCUGCCUAAUUCUUGCUUCCUAUGCUUGUAUUGGGCAUGCUAUGCUGAAGAUUAAGUCUUCUGAGGGAAGGAAAAAGGCCUUUGGGACAUGUUUUUCCCAUCUCAUAGUAGUUUUAUUAUUUUAUGGUCCAGGCAUUAGCAUGUACCUUCAGCCCACCUCUUCCAUCACAAGGGACCAGCCCAAGUUCAUGGCUCUCUUCUAUGGAGUGGUGACACCUACACUCAACCCCUUCAUCUACACCCUUAGGAAUAAAGAUGUGAAGGGGGCAUUAGGCAACCUGGUGAGGAAGAUUUUCACUUCCAGGUGAAAGUUGGUGGACAUCAAAUGAAAUGAACAAUUAGAGAAGGUUUAUAUAAAAUUUUACCAAUAAUUCAGUUUUGCCUCAUAAUUACAAAAGUUUCAUGUUAGAUGAUGUUCUUGCAAAAUGUAUCAUGUUUUUGAAAUUCUUUUUUUUAAUUUUGGUGAAAAUACAUAUAGCAAAACAAUUCCCAUCUCAACAUUUUUUUAAUAAUUUUUAUUGUGCUUUAUUCGAAAGUCUACAAAUCAAGUCAGUCUCUCACACAAAAACCCGUAUACACCUUGCUACACACUCCCAAUUACUCUCCCCCUAAUGAGACAGCCCGCUCUCUGCCUCCACUCUCUCUUUUCGUCUCCAUUUCACCAGCUUCUAAUC